CAAAUCUUCAAAUCAGUCUGUCCGAUUCUUUUAUUACAGGUUUCACCACAUCCGCCUAAAGCCCCUACACUCUCCUAUAAUCCUGCUAUACUCCAUGCUUUCCUAAUAUCAAAAAUAAAAAAGUGAACUUUGUUCUGACAUUUUACCCAUCACAAUUAUCAUAUUCCGUUAUCCUUAAUCUUCUCAAUCAUCCAUUUUCAUAUACUUCUUGUUUGUAUUUUUUGGGGUGGAAAAUGGCGACGAGUAUCGGCAUUAUGGAUAGCGCUUAUUUUGUCGGCAGAAACGAUAUUCUCACUUGGAUCAACAACCGCCUUCAACUUAACCUCUCUCGCAUUGAGGAAGCUGCAUCUGGAGCUGUACAAUGUCAGAUAAUGGAUAUGACAUAUCCAGGGGUUGUUCCAAUGCACAAGGUGAAUUUUGACGCAAAGACAGAAUAUGAUAUGAUUCAGAAUUACAAAAUUCUGCAGGAAGUGUUCAACAAGCUGAAAAUUGAUAAACAUAUUGAAGUUAACAGGCUAGUUAAAGGUCGACCUUUGGACAACUUAGAGUUUCUACAAUGGCUGAAACGAUACUGCGAUUCUGUGAAUGGCGGCAUUAUGAAUGAGAAUUAUAAUCCUGUGGAGCGUAGGUGUAAGGGUGGAAAGGGUGGAACUUCUAAAAUUCUGAAGAGCUCAAAAUACCUACAAACAAGUGCUAUCUAUAAUGCUGGUUCAGGCGAUAUGCUGGGUCCCAAUAGAAUCUCUGUUCCCAAGCAAUCAAAGUCAAGCAGAGGAGCAGGUGGGCCUAAUUCUUCAGAAAUUGAAGCAUUGUCUAAGCAGGUUACUGAUCUCAAUCUCUCGAUGGAUCUCUUGGAAAAAGAAAGAGACUUUUACUUUGCAAAACUAAGGGAUAUAGAAAUUCUUUGUCAAGCCGCCGAAGUGGAGAAUGAUACUAUGUCUGUAGCAAUUAGGAAGAUUUUAUAUGCUACUGAUACAAAGGAAUCAGCACUAGAUGAAGCCCAGGAUUACCUUAACGAAAACUUCAAUGCUGCUGACGAUGAAGAGGAAGCUGAAGCUGCAGAUGAAGAAGCUGCAGCUAAGGAAGAAACCAAAGCCUGAUUGUUGCUGAAAAUGUAUCCCAUGGCGGGGUCUUUGACUAACUGGUCUCCGUCUGUGAUGAAGGAUUGAUAAAGGUUCCUGGUGCCAUUGCUAUAGAAUGGCGUUUGCUGACAUGGUUGUAGCUGCUCUGCUUGCUUGUGACGCUUUUGUUCUCUCCUUGUAAGCAUGGAUGGGAGGUCAUGUCACCGUCCUUCUCAUCUUUUUAGUUGAAUAUGACUUUAAUGAGCUUUUCGUCAGAAAUUUAUUUAAUGGAAUUGGGUGUAACCCUUGUGUACUGGAGACUGUCCACUCUGAAUUCUGAAUUCUCAAGUGCAAUAUCUGAAAUAGUAGUUCUGAUCCAUUCAACAA